CGAGAGACGAACGCGAGCUGAAGAGUGAAGCAACUCUGUAUGCCAUCCUCCCUUUUGGUGCCUUGAAUAAGGACAAGAUGGCGUGGAGAUCUAGUACACGUUACAGAUUCACCGAUUAUGACAAUCAUGUGCAGCUACUACUAGUACACCAGUUAUAAACUUUCCGUUUACCGAUUAAUAUCUCCUGCUCCACAAGAACGGCUAGGAAUUACCUGAUCCGUAACUACAACUACAACUAGAAGUAUCUUCUACAACUCUUUCUCUAUCUCUACUGAAGACCAAGACCACAUGUACUGAACCUGAAGUCUACCAUUUUCUUCAAGCAGAAACAUAAUCAUCAAAAUGAAUCCGUCUGUGCUGAAGGAGAAAUUGCAGGGCAUCGUUUCCGAAAGCCGGGCUUAUGGCAAGGAGCAGAAAGAGCUGAUCAAGAAAGCGAAAGACCUUUUAUGCAGAUGGUGUCUACUUCUGUUGUUGCAAGAAGUCCUUCUUCGAGUUCGUUGUAGAGCCAGACGUAGAAGUACAUGACCAUACCUCGUCCACCUUCGCUAUGUAAAUGGUUCAUUGAUUUCGAAUUCUCAACGUUGCUUCUCUAAUGUCUCUCGAUAAUGAUGAAAAUUUGGACGAAUAUCUCAUCCAAAUCGCAAAAGAGAGUCCCGUCGGUCAAUUACUAGCACUUCAGGAACAAGCAGAUGGAGCUGGAGGUGGAGAUGCUGAAGAUGGUGAAGAGAAGGAGCAGUGCAUGUCUUUAAGGCGAUAGAAAUUUACAUCCACUGUACGGGACAGUUGCGCGCCUUAAACAUACAGGAUGUAUUUAGGACAUAGAACAGAAGUAUGUGUAUGUCGAAUUGCAGGACUCGAACUAGAAAGUCUCGCCUCUGUCUCAUGCGGCUCUACAAGAUAGGCAUCUUGAAUGAUAAUGUUGCGACCACCAGCAUGACCAGCAUGACCGUCUUACCUCUUCUAAUGCCCCAACACACCAGUACUACAGUAUCCCCUGAAAUGCAUCUUGGGUUUUCGCGCCUGAACUCUGCAGAAUCCAGUGAGGGGGAUUCAACACCUGGUGAUAAUGAGCGACUGCUUCCUAAGGAAAACGACAAAAAUUGGACUACUAGUAGUGCAAAUGUUUACAAUAAGGGCAGUACUUCUAAUGUUGCUUCUUCAACAUCAUGGAACAAUAUAAGCUCUCCUGGUCCGCUUAUAACACCUUCCUCGUCAAAAACUACUUCUAUGAAACCGCGACUUGACGAAGCCCGAAAGACAGCAGAACAGGACAUCGAACUUGGUUUGCGGAUCGAGAAACUGGCGUCUGACUUGUUGAAACAAGAGAAUCUAGACGGGAUCAAAUUCGAUCCUGAAUUUGAAAAUUGGCGCAGCAAGGUGUGGGAAGAGGCGCUUCGUCGGCAAGAAAUAGACCCCUUUCAAGAAGAAGGCGAUCAGCGAUCGUGGUUAUGGAAGGUCUUGUUGCUUCAGAGGCUUUCGCCCUUUACUUUACAUAACUUAGCAUUUCCACUGCUAGUACGAGAACUAGAGCGACAAGCACAACCUGAAAGUGAAAGUAAGUAAUUUCAUCCCGCCUCGUCUAACACCAGUCGUUUUGCGCCACAUCGAUGCAGAAGGAAAUGAGGUCGUGCAAGAAGUGGGUGACAUUUUUCAGAACGGUAAGAUCACGACCAAUCCGGUUCUUAGCGACUUCGCCCACAAUCCGAUCGUGAAAAGAUCUAGAAAAUUAUGAAGGGGUGCGCUGAUAAAAAUACACUGAAGAUCAUUUUUUCUGGAUAAUACUUAGUCGAAGAAGUCAUGGUAUGAAGAAAGCUACAGUAAAUCCGCAGUUUCUUCACCAUUUCUAAAAACUGGUAUAUUCACCUCUCUUGUACCGAGCAGUUUGCGAGACUGGUUUUCUUCGCGGUUCCUUUCGGCAAGUCCUGGAACACAGUUUAGGACAACCAGCAGUGAUAUCGGGGAAAUUCGGCGACCGUUCCCAGUUAUUCGUGCACUCGUUGGCGUGUCUCUGGUGCUGGUCGUGAUUCUGAUUGUGGUGUUUCAUCUAGGCGCUCGUGGUAUUUUGUUUAGCGGUCCUGGCGCUUCUUCUUCGAGAAACGAUUCAACUGCAAGUGGAGUAGCCGGUAGAAGUGCAGCGCCAGUCAUCGCACCCGAACUGCCAAGUACUGAGACAUCAGCUGAGCCUGUACCCAUUGCAACGGAGAGAACUGGUGGCCUUACUGUUGUGCAGGAGAAACAGCAAAAAGCUGGACGCGAUGCGAUGGCUGGUACGAGUGACGCCCCAUCCUCGGGCAACACCCUGGUUCAUCAGGUUAGCAGUGGUCAAGGAGGAGCUGAAAUUACAAGAGUGGCUCUUAGUCCUGCAACUGCAAGUAGUCCCUGAUUGUAGUUUGUUGUGAAUACUCGAGAAACUUAGAAUGUUGGAAGGAUAUGUCAUGCUGGAUAAGAAUUGGACGAAGUUUGAGAAUGGAUUUUGUGA